ACACGUACAGCAGCCCAGCAUUAGAGAACAGGUUACAGCCUAGCUUCCCACAUACACACAUCCUCACAUAAAACACACGACAACAUCACACUUCUGCUUUUUUAGCAUCCUCAUUUCCUCCCCUGGACAUUGAUGCCUUUUCCUCGGCGGUCGCCGUAGCGAUUAAUCGAUCCGUUUCCUCCUCUCCUGCAUCCAAAGACUCCAUCAACGCUACAAGAUGGCUGAGCUGAAUUUGGGGAAGGGACUGACGGCUGGGAAAGUGGCCAGCAACGUUCAGAAAAAGCUCACCAGAGCUCAGGAGAAGGUUCUACAGAAACUUGGCAAAGCAGACGAGACCAAAGAUGCUGCCUUUGAGGAGUGGGUUAUUAACUUCAACAAACAAUAUACUGAAGGCUCCAAACUCCAGAGGGAUCUAAGAGCUUAUCUGGAGGCAGUUAAAGCCAUGCACGAGUCCUCCAAGAACGUACAGGCAUGUCUGGGUGACAUGUACGACCAGGACUGGUACGGCAAGGAUGAAGUGGAUUCUGUUCUGGAGGACUGUGAUGUGCUUUGGACUGAUUAUCACCAGAAGUUGGUUGAUCAUGCUUUAAUCUCCAUGGAUACUUACCUGGGCCAGUUUCCUGAUAUCAAGGCUCGUAUUGCUAAGAGGGACAGGAAGCUGGUAGAUUACGACAGUGCCAGACAUAACUAUGCUGCCACACACAAGGCCAAGAAAAAAGAUGGGGGCAUUAAAAUUACCAAGCCUUCCACCUUGUUGGAACGAGCCACACCAGGUUGGGCUCAGGGGAUCUUGUCUGCACACAACCUUGCCCAGAGCAGUCUCUCCAAGAGCCAGGCUGAGGAGGAGUUGGAAAGAGCCCAGAAAGUGUUUGAGGAAAUCAAUCUUGACUUGCAGGAGGAGUUACCUUCACUCUGGAACAGUCGUGUUGGAUUUUAUGUCAGCACCUUCCAGAGUUUGGCAGGUUUCGAAGAGAAGUUUCACAAGGAAAUGAGUCGGUUGGAUCAGGAUUUGUAUGAYGUCCUGGAGAAACUGGAGGAAACAGACCCAACCAGAAAGCCAGAUAACCCUGGCACCUCAUCGUCAGGAGCAAGCAGGAGCGGUAAAGAGGCUUCUAACCACACCCUGAGACCAGGAGGACCGCCUCCAAUCCCCAAAUCUCCGUCCAAAUUAAGACCAGCAGUGCCUCCUCCACCUAAGGUGACCCCGUCUAAGGAGAUGAAAACAGAGAACAUCAUCAGCCUGUUUGAUGCUGCGGCAGCYCCAGACAUCAGCGUCACCUCCCCUACAGAACCUGCAAACUGGGACUCAUGGCCUGAGGACAGUGAUGCCAGGCAAGAAAAAACCCAGAUGCACUAUGAUCCUGUUGCGGCCGCUGCAGAAGCCUGGGGGGACGAUGGGACACAACCCAUCCGCUAUGACCCCAUAACUGCUGCCACAAAGGGCUGGGAGGACGACGGAGCCCAAGCAGCCCACUACGACCCUGUGGCUGAAGCCCAUGAGGAAUGGGGCGACGAUGGGAACCAGCCGGCUCAUUAUGACCCUGAUGUCGAAACCCAGGAGGACUGGGCUGAUGGUUCUGGACAGCCAGUCAAAGAGGAGCCUGCUGCCACGGAUGAAACGCCAACAGAUGAGGCUCGGGUUGACGCCGCUGAAGAGGACACCACUCAAGCAGCUCCUGAGCUGGAUAAUAACGAGGGGCAGGUUGAGGUGAUGCAUGACUAUGCUGCCAAUGACACAGAUGAACUGGAGAUGAAGACUGGUGAUGUGGUGCUAGUGAUCACCUUUGAAAAUCCUGAUGAACAGGAUGACGGCUGGCUGAUGGGAAUCAAGCAGGAUGACUGGCAGCAAAACAAGGAAAAUGCCACUAAAGGAGUAUUUCCUGAAAACUUCACCCAGAGGCUGUGAAAGGGAAGGACGCCCUUCCUUUUAUUUUCACUUUUCCUGUUGCCUAAAUCACCUUUUCCUCUCUUUUGCCCCCAAUACUGUAUCUUUACAAGGACUUUGGCCAUAAAAGCAGAGCUGUCACAGCCCUGAAUGAAAUCAUGCAUUUCUAAGGUCUGCUACACUGUGGAUCUUGGCAUUUCUAUGUAUUUCUGUAAACAUUUCUAAUGAAAGAUGUAGCCAUUCCACAGGUCCCAUUUGUUGCUGUUAGUUGUGGGUUUGGUCCAACAGGAUGUGCAGUUACCUAUGCAAUGGCUACACCUCAGACCACCUUCAGACGGUGUAUUUAAAUCGUGUCUUGUCUUGACUAAAAUAGGGUUUGUUGAACUGCUAUUUAUGGAAUGGGAUCAACGUAAAGAUCCUAAAAUGAUGCCAAGUGUAGUAAAGUCUCUCAAAUAUACAGUUAUAGUGAAAUAAGUACAACUUCUUUUAGUCAAAAAAAGUUUUUAGUUUGCUCAUUUCAGGACACAUUUUGGCUGAGUUCAAUUUAAAAUAAUAGCAUGGAGUAAUAUGUGAUGUGUUGUUGUUUAUAAAGACUGUAUUUACCUAAUUUCAAGACCAAUUAAGGAGCAAAUUAUUUUAAGUCCUGAAGUGUAAAUUUAAGGAACUGAAAGAAAGUGUACUUAAAUUUGAAUCAUCAUUUUAAAGCCUAUCUUUAGAAUAGAAAAUAAAACAUUUUUAAACAAAGUAAAGCACUAAAAAUGUAUUAAUAUACCCUUGUCUACAACGUGAUCUAAAACUGCAAAACAAUACAUUUUUGUCCUAAAAAGGUCCUCCASACUGAUCAGCACAGCAUUUUGUCUGAUUAGUGUCGGAGCUCUUAGAUUAGUGAUUCCACUCCUCACACAUUGCCUUCAGUACACAUCCAGCCCAUCCUCUGAUCCUCCUUUUACCUGUUUACUUGUGGGAAAAUGGGCCCUUUGUUAUAGUUUUAGUGUAGAUUAGGUGGUGGCACAACUAUAUGACCCUGUUAAAACCCAAAUAGAAGCAUGUGCCGUUAAAUAGGCAGCAGAAUGCAGCAAAAUCAAAGUGACAGCAGGAAUCAGUCUUGUUAAAAAAAAUUGAAUAAAAUCUGUUUUCAAAGUCCAUCGGAGUAAAAUAAAAGUAAUAUUUUUUAAAUUAAUUGGAGUUAUGUAAAGUUUGUUUUCCAAAUGCCUCCAAAUAUGCAUUAUUCAGGCUUGCUAUGAAGCUAGCCAGUGUCACUGAGAAUCUGCUGCUGGUAGUAUAGUAAACACUCCAAUACUCAAAUGUAURAUAACUGAGCCAGCCACAUUCACUAAAAAAAGAAAAGAAAUGUUCCGAAAACAGUUCAACUCCAAUGCAGAUGUUUAACAAUAUGCACCAGAGCAACUUCUUUUAUUUUUGUAUGCUGCCGAGCAAUGACUACAUUAUUAUAUAAACUCGAUGUAACAAUGUCGACGCAAUUGCCAACUGACCGUGUUAUGGAGUAUUUUGUACUUCUGUAAAAGGUUUACUGCUCUCAUCGUAGUCACAAAGAUAGCCUAACACAAACCCAGUCGUUCAUUCAGUCACUGACUUUGAAGAGAUUCUUGUUCUGUUAUUAAUGUGUAAUAAGCGUGAGAGAAACCAUGUGUGUGUGUGUGUGUGUGUGUGCACUGACGAGUUGUUUUAGGAACACAAAUCUUUAUCUACAAGGCCAUCGUUACUGGACGACAUCCCCGCCUGCCUGAGGAGACGGCCGUCUGUUUCACAGGUUUUUCUGAUGAAGCAACUCACACAUACGAGGGUCUUUUUCCCACUGGCUGGUAUUAUGGUUCUAGGUGUUAUAGUGCAUUUGUUGUGUAUAAGUGUAAUUUUUCCAAGCUGUGAUAACAGAUACAUAUUCUAUAAAGACAUUCAUAUCUGUGUGUGAGUUACUGUGAGCAUGCUGACUCCAUGUGUUGUUGUGUGGAUACCCUUGAUUUAAGACGGUGAUACUUGGGUCACUUUUGAGGCAGUUGCAAAAAGAAAUUUUUAUUUUUUAUUACUUUUUUAUGGCUACUUUUGGUAAAAGAGACAWUGUGGGCAUUGUGUAUUUUUUUCUUUUCUUUGUAACAUUUUUUUAAAAAUUUCUCUUGAUUCUAUCAGUUUUCCAUCUGCCGUGCCUCAAAAUGUUGCUAGGUAUCGUGGUCCAAGCAGAGUUAUUUAAAGGGAGGCAUAGAUAGAGAGAAAGUUAAAGCAGCCAGACUCAGGUGCACAGAUUUUAAUGGUUUUCAGUAUUUUAGCCACUGCGGAUGUGCAUUCUUCUUAUUUUUGUGUGUGUGUGUGUUUAAAAAGAAGUUAUAAAUGAAAAUAAACACCUGUACAUGUUGUUAAAUCAGUCAUAUUUUUAUUUAAGUUUUGUGUAUAUAUCAGAGUGUUUUACCUGGGUCCAGUUCUAUGUUCGGCUUUAUGGAUCGGUCUCUCAUGGUGAGGUAUGGGAUAUGACAAAAGGUUUUCUCCUGUACCUAAAUGACCAAUAAUAAUAAAGAUGACAUCAAAUCUA